GGAAGAGGCUGUUGGCGCCAGGGGCGGGGUGGGGGGCCGGAAGUUAGAGCUUGGGCACUAGUUAGCGGGUUGGUGGGGGGCAGGGAGGGCAAAGGACAAGUUUCGCUGUCCGAGGACGAGAGGGCCUGGGGCGGCGGAGUUAACCACGGCGUGGGACAGACCAAGGGCAUUGUCAUGGUGAUGUCAGAAGAGGACUGCACAGUGAGGGUAGUGGUUCGAGUGAGGCCUCCUACCCCAAAGGAAUUGGAGAUCCAUCGAAGGCCUGUGGUUCAGGUGGUAGAUGAGAGAAUGCUGGUGUUUGACCCAGAGGAGCCCGAUGGAGGUUUCCCUGGUCUAAAAUGGGGAGGCAGUAUCCAUGAUGGUCCAAAGAAAAAGGGCAAAGAUUUGAAAUUUGUCUUUGAUCACGUUUUUGCUGAGACAGCCACACAGCAGGAGGUAUUCAGGCAUACCACCCAUAGCAUCCUGGAUGGAGUCCUUCAGGGGUAUAACUGCUCAGUGUUUGCCUAUGGGGCCACAGGAGCAGGGAAGACACACACCAUGCUGGGAGGAGAGAGAGACCCUGGUAUCAUGUACCUGACCAUGAUGGAGCUUUAUCAGCGUCUAGAGGCCCGCCGACAGGAAAAACACUAUGAGAUUCUCAUCAGCUACCAGGAGGUCUACAAUGAGCAGAUCCAUGAUCUCCUAGACCCCAAGGGCGCCCUAGCUAUCCGAGAGGACCCAGACAAGGGGGUUGUGGUUCAGGGACUCUCCUUCCAUAAGCCAGCCUCAGCUGAACAGCUUCUGGAGAUGCUGACUAGAGGGAACCGAAACCGUACACAGCAUCCCACUGAUGCUAACGCUACAUCCUCUCGCUCUCAUGCAGUCUUUCAGAUCUAUGUGAAGCAGCAGGACUGUGUGCCAGGACUGACCCAGACCCUGCAGGUUGCCAAGAUGAGCCUGAUUGAUCUGGCAGGCUCAGAGAGGGCAUCAAGUACCCAUGCCAAGGGAGAACGGCUUCGGGAGGGUGCCAACAUCAACCGCUCACUGCUGGCACUCAUCAAUGUCCUUAAUGCCUUGGCAGAUGCAAAGGGCCGGAAGACCCAUGUGCCAUACCGAGACAGCAAGCUGACCCGUUUGCUUAAGGACUCUAUAGGAGGUAAUUGCCGGACAGUGAUGAUUGCUGCUGUCAGCCCUUCAGCCCUGGCCUAUGAGGACACCUACAACACCCUCAAGUAUGCUGACCGUGCCAAGGAGAUCAAGCUCUCGCUCAAGAGCAACGUGAUCAGCUUGAACUGUCACAUCAGCCAGUAUGCCACUAUCUGCCAACAGCUUCAGGCUGAGGUGACCGCCCUUCGGGAAAAGCUCCAAAUCUAUGAAGCAGGAGCAAGGACUACCCCACUAGAGCUGCCCAAGCCAUCUCUCUGCAUUAGCCCUCUGCAAUCAGGCCCCAGCCUUCCUGACUCACCCUCACUGUCCCAUCAUCCAAGCCAGUCCUGCUCUCCAGAGCUCUACUCAAGCCCUGAAACUCCCCAAGAGGAAAAGGUAGAAACCCAAGUGGAGGCUAAAGAAGUGAUGAAACCCUUCCUCAUUUCUCAAGCCCAGGAACCAAUGAAAGAGAGGAAUGAAAACGCCAUAAAGGAGGUGCCACAGUCUCCUGUUCCAGCCAUAGGGCCCAAGCCAGGAUUGGACAGCUUCACAUCAGCAGAAGUGGACAGAGACAAGGCCAAGAGGCUAGCCCUAGUAGUGUUGCACCUGGCCCAGCGGCAGUACUCUCUUCUCAAAGAAGCCAACCUCCUGACACCAGACAUGGUUUUGGAGUUUGAAGCAGUGCAACAGCUGGUUCAGGGUGAGAAUACAGUGCCAUGUGGGAAGGUUGGAAAGGUUGCUGAUACUCCUAGCCCAGCCAGAGGGGUACCUCUGUCCCAGGAUCUAUCCCCAGAGUCAAACCUUUUCUUCCCCUCCUGGAUCUCAGGUUCUGCUCUGACUCUGAACGUCUCUCUUUUCUGUCUAGCACCUCCAACAUAUUCUGGCCCCACAACACGAACCAUGGCAAGACGUCUGAGUGGACUUUUGCCCAUCCUGGGUCUCCCACCACCUUUUUCAACCCUCUCUCCCCAAAGCUCUCAGGCUCCAAGGAAGAAGAAGAGGAGGAUGUCAGAGGAGUCAAGCCCACCCAAGCUGAAUAGCUCCUCUUCCUCUAAAUUGAGGGCCAAACGACAAAGGAAGUCCUUGCCCAACACAGAGAAAAGUUCUGUGCCCCAGGCCUGGCCUUCCACAGGACUCAACACCCCUAAGAUGGAGGUCACAUCCACUGACCCCUUUCCCCACCUUUGCUCAGCCACUGUUAUCAAAAGCCGGGUGCCCCUGGGCCCAUCUUCUAUGCAGAACUGCUCUACUCCUCUCAGCCUACCUACCCACAACCUCAAUGCCACCUUUGACCUGUCUGAGGGCCCCCUCUUGAAGCCUACUGCCUCUGAAUUCCUUACUUGGGAGAAUGUCCCUGCUGCCUUCAACAAGAUGGAUAAACCCUUCAUUCCUAGGGGGCCCAUGCCACUAUUCACCAUGAAGGGUCCCAAGUCAACAUCUUCCCUGCGUGGUGGCUCUGCCCGAAAGAAGAAACGCCCUUUGAGGUCCUCAGCUUCCUGUUCAUUGGCUGCUCCCCAGGGUCGGAGUCGAAUUGCCAGACUCCACAGCAGCACUAUGAAAAAAACAGGAGGUCCCCUUGCUGUCCGAGGUAACUGGCAGGAGAAGGGGAGGAGAGGUUUAACCAAGGCCAAGAAAAUACCAGAACUUUCCUCCAGCCCCCGAUGGACAGGCAGCCAGAGGAGCAGGAAGGACUCCGCAGGGCUUGGAGGAGCUCCACAGGCUGGUAUCCAGCCCAGCAGAGGCAAAUCCAUGAUCAAGGGGUCCUGAGAAUGGGAUAUGUCUUCUCUUCUUAUCAUCUUGGCUUCUUCUACUGUCCCAUGCUUGUCCUGGCAUUCUGUUAACAAUGAACAGAUCCUCUAGUACACCUUCCAUUAUAAACUCCACCCAAUUUCCCUGACACUGCCUUCCCUUCCUCUCCUGCGCUCUUAUUGAAAUCAGUGCACUUAUAUUCACAUACAUGAAUUAAAGUGCCUGUCAUUCUUAAGUGUGUGUGUUCUAAAGUAGACAGUAAACUUUUUUCUAAAAUA